AUAAUAGCGGGCCAUGAGGAGUACAUCGAAUCCCGUGAAACAACCCCUCGAUGCAUGCUUUUUUAAUGACCCCACUCAAGGCCUCCAUGGCUAUGAUGAAUAAGAAUGGGGAAAGCGGAUCCCCUUGCCUAAGCCCCCGGUAGCAUGGAAAUUCUUGAGUCGGCGACCCGUUGACCAAAACCGAGGCUUUUGCUGUGGACACUGUUGCCAUAACCCGACCUUCACUUUCAAUAAUUUUAAAAUACAAUUUACCAUUCAUAAACCUUUAAUUCCCCCAAUCUCUUCUUUUCCCCCUUCAGAUACACACCUGUACACACACAACAGAAAAAUAGAGAGAACUGCUGAUGGUGAACUGUGAGUCUAGCUCUAGGGUUUAGUGUUAAACAAACGCCCGGUCUGGUAACGAACAACUGAACGAGGCCCGAUUUGGGUCGAAACCUGCUAAAUCUCGUGAUGGCGGUGACAGAGGAGUUCUAGGGUUUCGGCGGCUAAAUGCAAUUAGGGUUCAGGUGGAGGCGGUGGAAAGAACCCAGGCUGCAUACAACGAAAAUGGAGAUGGAAUCGUUUUAUGGCCGUUUCAGACCAGAUCUACGACGGUGUCAGGUAUAUGUCCCCAUUUCUAGCCAGCUCCGCUACUGGAAUCAGAUACUACACUUACUAGACGACUCAAGAACUACAAUGGCACUAACGAUGCUUCGGAAGGCGAUUGGAGCGGUGAAGGAUCAAACAAACAUUAGCAUUGCUAAGUAUGGCACAAGAGUUAGAAGUUGCCAUAGUGAAAGCCACCAGUCAUGAUGAUGAACCGACCAGCGAGAAGUAAAUUCGGGCAAUCCUGCAGCUUACGACGCUAAGUGAGCGCCUGCGUUCAUGCCAUGUCGAAACUUUGAGCAAGAUGCGUGAUUGGUUUGUUAUGUUAAAAUGUUUGGUUUUAAUUCACUGGUUGUUGAAUGAUGGGGAUAUGAUUUCUAGCAGGAGAUUAUGUAUGCUACUAGAAGAGGAAACGGGUUGCUUAACAUGGCGGAUUUUCGUGAUAAGGCGCACUUGAAUUCAUGGGAUCACUUUGCUUUUGUGAGGACUUACGGGUUUUAUUUGGAUUAAAGGCUGAAAUCUGUACCAAAUUUUAUAUAUAAUACCUUACUUGUUUCCUUUUACAAAUUAAAUUAACAUGUUUUUCUCUUA